AUGAGGAUUCUGGGAAGGAGGACGAAAGGCAUGAUCCCUUCAAGGCUCAUGCUCUCUGACGAGGAGAUGCCUGGCAGCUGGAACACCUCCUCCUCUGACAGCCUGGAGGUGCGUGCUGCAGGCAUCAUCGUGCCUGUGGUCUUUUCCUUCAUCUUCAUCCUGGGCACUGUGGGGAAUGGGCUAGUGCUAGCUGUACUGCUGCGCAAUGGCCAGGUGAAGUACAACACCACCAAUCUCUUCAUCCUCAACUUGGCCAUGGCAGACCUGUGUUUCAUCAUCUGCUGCGUCCCCUUCCAAGCCACCAUCUACACGCUGGACGGGUGGCUCUUUGGUCCUUUUGCCUGCAAAGCGGUGCACUUCCUCAUCUACUUCACCAUGUAUGCUAGCAGCUUCACCUUAGCUGCUGUCUCUGUCGACAGGUACUUAGCCAUCCGCUACCCACUGAAAUCCCGGGACCUUCGCACCUCCAGGAAUGCAGGAGUUGCCAUUGUGGUGAUCUGGACCCUAUCAGUAUUUUUUGCGGGGCCCUACCUCAGCUACUACCAGAUAGUCCAUUACCAGGGCAUGCCUCUCUGUGUCCCCAUCUGGGAGGACCAGCGCCGUAAGAUCUUGGACAUCCUCACCUUUGUGUUUGGGUACCUCCUGCCUGUGGUGGUUGUGAGCCUGGCCUAUGCCAGGACUAUCAAGUUCCUGUGGACCUCUGUAGAUCCCAUUGAGAGGAUCUCAGAGUCUCGUAAAGCCAAGCGCAAAGUCACAAAGAUGAUUGUGGCUGUGGCCAUCCUCUUCUGCCUCUGCUGGAUGCCUCACCAUCUAGUCAUCCUGUGCUUUUGGUUUGGCCACUUCCCCUUCAACCGAGCUACCUAUGCCUGCCGCCUGGCCUCCCACUGCCUGUCAUAUGCCAACUCCUGCCUCAACCCCAUCGUCUAUGCUCUCAUCUCCAAGCAUUUCCGAAAGAGGUUCAAGCAAGUCUUCACCUGCCUUCUCUUUCAGAAGAAGAACAGGAAGAAGAAGAGAGCCAGCAACAAAGUCCAUGUGGCCAGUGUGGCCAGUGGUUUACCCAACCAUGUUGCAGGUUUCUCUGGAAGGAACACAGAGGUCACCCAGAUCCAGGAGGAGAAUGCUAGAUACUGCCAAGGCCUGCUGCAGAGAGAUGCUGAAGGCACCCAACUCCCUGAGGCCUGGACGCAUCAUUUACCAAACACUGUGCAGAGAAGACUGCUGGAUGAAAAAAGCUCUACAACAACUAGCAACCCGUUGCCCACAACUCCGCCAGAGGGGACUCAGGAUCUUCUGACUGUCCACUGCAGAUGA